GGGUUGCACAAGCCUGGUGUGAGAUACUGAGCCAGGACCCCUCCCGAGCCAUGCAGCCCUCUAGCUACAGCCGCCAUAGGGACCCCACCCUGGAGCUGUGCCAGGGCCGGUGGGUGCCCCGACCUGGCCACAGGCCAGGCUCCUUGGACAGCUUUGAGGAUGAGGAUGAGCAGGAUUAUGUGAAUGUCCAGCCCAGCCAUGCUCUACCCCAGCUGCAGCCGCAACCUCCACAGGGAGCCGAGGCCAAGCCAGUGACCGCACCAGCACCAGGAGCUGCACGUGGAGGCUGCGGGAGGCGCCCAGCCAUGCUCUGGGCCCUGUUAGGCCUCGCCCUGCUGCUCUCAGCGGUCGCCUUCAUCCUGAGCCUCCUCAAGUGGCUCCCGUGCUGCCCUGCCGGCUGGGAUGGUUUCCAGGGCCAGUGCUACAGGGUCUUCACAGCGUCACAGAACUGGUCACAGGCCAGGGCCACCUGCCGGGACCAUGAUGCCCUCCUGGCCACUGUUCAGGGCCCUGCCGAGCAGCGGUUCCUGACCCAGAGAAUUGGGUCUGACUGGCACUGGAUUGGGCUGCAGCAGCUGAACAACAGCAGCACCACCUGGCUAUGGGAGGAGGGGGCCACAGUCUCCUACACGUCGUGGUGCCAGAGGUCACUCAGUGCCAGCAUCAGCCCUCAGCCCAGCUGUGGCUACCUCAACCCUCAGUGUGGUGGGGACUGGGGCAACACCAUGUGCCAGGCUUUGCUUGCCUUUGUCUGUGAGAGACCUGGGCCCUUGUGCCAGUAGCUCACAUGGGCAAGCUGGGCCUGACUGAGGGGUCCUGGGACACUCAGGACUCCUUCCCAUGCUAGUCGCUCCCGCAGGGCACAUUGAAGGGUACCCAGUGCCUGGCAGGAUAUGCUCCUCUCCCAAGUCAAGCUGUUGGGACAGACCUCAGCCCUUUGGCAUCAAGGGUGUGAGAGCACAGCUGGGGAUGAAACCCAGGAGUCCUGAUGACUCUCACCCUGGAGUCCCAUGUCCCACCCAGGUAGAACCCAGGUAUCUGGGAUGCUGGCUGCCUUGGGGAGGGUGACUCUGGGCUGUGCCAGCUAGGUUGCCUUGCCUGUCUGUCUAGAGACAGGUUUGGGGGCUGUCUCUGACUUCAGGCCACACAGCAGGGGUGCAGGGGUCCCGGGCUGGCCUAGCAAUCUCUGCCACACUGGAGAAUAAAUCCUGAUGAGUGGA